AUGUACCCGGAUGUUGUGAGCAAGGCAUCCAAGCACAUAGUGCACCUGUGGCCCCUCCUGGUCUACUCCGUCCCCAUCUCGACAGUUGAGACCUUAGAGAGGAAGGUCAGCAGCCACCUCCGGAGAUGGCUAGGACUUCCAAAGAGCCUGAGCAGCAUCGCUCUCUACGGAAACAGCAACAAACUGCAACUGCCCUUCAAAUCCUUGGAGGAGGAAUUUAAGGUCACCAGAGCCAGAGAAGUGGUUCAAUACAGGGACUCAAGAGAUCCGAAGGUGGCUAAGGCUGGGAUCCAAGUGAGGACUGGCAGGAAAUGGAGGGCAGAGGAAGCGGUUGAAGAGGCAGAUGCAAGGCUCCGGCACAGGUGCUUAACUGGAGUGGUCACACGAGGUCGAGCUGGGCUAGGAUCCUUUCCAUCUCCCCAGCUGAACACCAAGGGGAUGGAGGGGCGACGUCUUGUCCAGGACGAGGUGAGAGCAGCAGUGGAGUACACAAGAACCUGCAAGGCUGUGGGAAUGAAACAACAGGGUGCUUGGACAAGAUGGGAGAACGCAGUUGAGAGGAAAGUGACCUGGGCAGAGCUUUGGAAAGCAGAGCCUCAACGCGUUAAAUUCCUCAUCCAGGCAGUUUAUGAUGUGCUCCCAAGCCCGUCAAAUCUGCACACAUGGGGCAUAGCAGAGACACCGGCAUGCCCACUGUGCUCCAAGCGAGGAACCCUGGAACACAUCCUCGGUGGCUGCACAAGGGCACUUGGAGAUGGACGGUACAGGUGGAGGCAUGAUCAAGUCCUUAAGACUAUCGCGGAAGCCAUUACCGCAGGGCUGGCAUGGGCUAAACAGUUCCGCCCCUCCAAUAAAACCAUCGCCUUUGUCAGAGCUGGGGACAAGCCUACCGCGGCCAGCAGAACAUCAUCUGCAGGCAUCCUGACAUCUGCAAGAGACUGGCAGUUGUUGGUGGAUCUUGAAAAAAAGCUGAAGUUCCCCAGCCAUAUUGCAGUUACCACCCUACGACCUGACAUUGUCCUCGUAUCGGAGUCCACCAAACAAGCAGUGCUGCUGGAGCUGACAGUGCAGUGGGAAGAUCGCUUGGAAGAAGCCUUUGAGAGGAAGCUCUCCAAGUACGCAGGACUGGUCAGCGACUGCCAGCUGGCUGGUUGGAGAGCAAGGUGUUUCCCUGUGGAGGUUGGUUGCAGAGGAUUUGCAGCCCAUUCCUUGGCCAGAGCCUACUGUAGUUUAGGCAUCGAUGGAGAGAGGAAAAGGAGAGCCAUCCGCAAUACCACUGAAGCGGCAGAAAGAGCCUCAAGAUGGCUGUGGCUCAAAAGAGGAGAUCCAUGGAGUCAUGGUAGCUAGCUAGCUGUCUGGACACAAGCCGGGACUUGAUCAACCCCGGCUGGGUCACCUGGAGGAGGGCGUCUGAUAGUUGAAAGACCCGAAACGUCCAGUGAAUCCAGGAACAUCACUGAUGAUGUGUCCAGACUAGGCAUCAGUAGAUGUAUGUACACAGGCAAUAAAGUUGACUUGAAUUUGAACUCAAUCUGGCAUCGUUGUUGACGUGGUUGCCAUGAAGUACUGUGUAUGCUUUUCAAAUUGUGUGCAAUGCGCUGUCAUGUUAAGAUUGCUCUCUGGCAUAUCAUGUGGCUUAAAACUAUUAAAAACUUGAAUUCAGAAAUUA